AUGCCGACCCACCACCGCAUAUUGUCUCUCGUGUUCAGCGAAUUUGAGGCUCUAGAUCUCUUCGGUCCACUUGGCGUCAUUGUUCCCCGGAGUGACUACUACACGGUGGAAUUCGUCAACCUCCACCACUUUGUCUCCCCUCAAGGGAUCGAGACCUCCAUAAAAAAUGGCUUGGGAAUCGUAGGAACCAUUUCUCUGGCUGAGGCUCUUCGCGAAGAUCAUUCCUUCGAUACACUUUUUAUUCCCGGUGGCUUCGGCGUGAUGCCACUGGUCUGGGACCCGAUGCUACUCCAGAGAAUCGGUCAGCUGGUGGAUCGGGCCCCCAAUGUCUUCACAGUAUGCACUGGGUCAAUUCUUCUUGCAGCCACAGGCCGUCUAGAUGGUCGCCGGGCGACUACCAACAAGCGUCUGUAUGAUGAAGUUACUCCCAAGCAUCCUGGUGUGAAAUGGCAAAAGAGCGCCCGCUGGGUCCAUGAUGGUAAAUUCUUGACUUCAUCAGGCGUGACAGCGGGUAUUGAUGCAGGGAUGGCGUUCAUUGCGCAUACGUACGUGGCACCCGAAGAUCGUCAGUCUCACCCGGAGACGCAAAAGGCCAGUGCUAGUGGGGACGCUACGUCCAUUCCAGGCUACAAUGAAGACAAGGCCGUACAGUUCGCGCAGAUGACAGCAUUUGGACUGGAGUAUCGGUGGCACUCAGAUCCAAACGAUGAUCCCUUUGUGGAUUUACCCACUUUCAAUGGGUCUUCCUAG